CUUCUUGUCCCAAGACCAAGUCUUAAUAGCAACUUCCCUCCUUCGGCUGCUGAAACUUUUUUUUUCCCCUGUGGCUGGAAAGAAGUGUCACAUUUUACUCGCUCCCAACCCUUUCCCCCACCCCCUCCUGGAGAACGUGUGCGCAUGUGGAGGGGGCACUGUGAGCCACCUCCAGCCUCGGGUGACUGCUCUAACUUCCAGCUCCUUGCACUGUAGCACUAUGAAGUUCCCCGGGAAGCCCAGGAGCCGGACAGCUGCUUUUCUGCCUCUUUUCCUGCUCUCUUUGAAGAUUCUGCAACCAGGGCACAGCCACCUUUAUAGCAACCGCUAUGCUGGUGAUAAGGUGAUUCGACUUAUUCCCAAUACAGAAGAAGAAGCAAAUGCACUGAAGAAGAUAUACCACCAACUUAAGGUGGACCUGUGGCAGCCCAGCAGUAUCUCCUAUGUAUCAAAAGGAGCAGUUACUGAUGUCCAUAUUCUCCAAAAUGGUUCCCAAGCCCUGUUAGCAUUCUUACAGGAAGCCAACAUCCAGUACAAGAUCCUCAUAGAAGAUCUUCAGAACACAUUGGAAAAGGCAAGCAGUUUGCGAACCCAGAGAAAUCGAAGAUACCUCUCUGGAUAUAAUUAUGAAGUUUAUCACUCUUUAGAAGAAAUUCAAAACUGGAUGCAUCAUCUAAAUAAAACUCAUUCAGGCCUCAUUCACAUGUUCUCUAUUGGAAGAUCAUAUGAGGGAAGGCCUCUUUUUGUUUUAAAGCUGGGCAGAAGAUCACGGACUUACAAAAGAGCUGUCUGGAUAGACUGUGGUAUUCACGCAAGAGAAUGGAUUGGUCCUGCCUUUUGUCAGUGGUUUGUAAAAGAAGCUCUUCUAACAUAUAGGAGUGACCCAACCAUGAGAAAAAUGUUGAAUCAUCUGUAUUUCUAUGUCAUGCCUGUGUUUAAUGUUGAUGGAUACCAUUUUAGCUGGACCAAUGAUAGAUUUUGGAGGAAAACAAGGUCAAGGAACUCAAUGUUUCACUGCCGUGGAGUUGAUGCCAAUCGUAACUGGAAAGUGAAAUGGUGUGAUGAAGGAGCUUCCAUGCACCCUUGUGAUGAUACAUACUGUGGACCUUUCCCAGAAUCUGAGCCAGAAGUGAAAGCUGUAGCCACCUUCCUCCGAAAACACAGGAAGCACAUUAGGGCUUACCUCUCCUUUCAUGCAUAUGCUCAGAUGUUGCUGUAUCCCUAUUCUUACAAAUACGCAACAAUCCCUAACUUUAGUUGUGUGGAAUCUGCAGCUUAUAAAGCUGUGAAUGCACUUCAGUCGGUAUAUGGAGUACAAUAUCGAUAUGGACCUGCCUCCACCACAUUGUAUGUGAGCUCUGGUAGUUCAAUGGACUGGGCCUACAAAAAUGGAAUACCCUACACAUUUGCUUUUGAACUUCGUGACACUGGACAUUUUGGAUUUUUACUUCCAGAGAUGCUCAUCAAACCAACCUGUACAGAGACCAUGCUGGCUGUGAAGAAUAUCACAAUGCACCUACUAAAGAAAUGUCCCUGAGACCACUCACGAGCCAGGUCAACCACCAAACAGAGAGCAGAUUCUGUGCAAGAGCUACUUGGCAAUGGGUGGAAAUUGUCUUUAAAGAGAAGGACAACUUCUUAGAAUGAACAUACCUGUGGACUUUAAAAGCACCUACUUAUGCAAUUUAUGUGGCAAUAAAAAAUUGGUUAAAAAAUCUGAGCAUAGCCUAUUUUGCUGUAAGAGAAAGCAUCCAUUUUAUACCCUUUAGAGUCCUAUUUGAUUAAGGGGAGGGGGGAUAUUUUCAAACUCUAUUGUCUCAAGAAAUGUAUAAAUCAAGGAUUUUACUGCAAUAAAUCUCCUUUUCUCAA